GCAGCACAUAAACGUAUUCCACGAAAGAUUACUUUGAAGGUGGCUGCUGCGCUGAAGAGCCGUUGCUUUGUUCUUCACCGUGUUUGGUUCCCUUUGUUCUUCCCGUUUCUUUUUCAGAAGCUAUUCUGAAAAAAAAAAAAACGCUUAGGUCUCGUUGGUAAGGCACAAUGCGCUCUAGCCCCCUCACGCGGAUGGACAAGCCGACGUUCCACCGCCUGUGGACCGCCCUCCCAUUCGAUCUCGUAGACAAAAGUUUUUGGGUGGCGUUGGAGGCGUUCUGCGACCAGUUCCUCAACCCACACUCACCCCUCAACAGCCAAACCUUCUUCUCUGUGCAGCACACCGGCCGCAUUCUGCAGGAGCAAUUGACAUUAGUGAACCCAAAGACGGUUGAGGCGUGCAACCAUCUGCGUCCGCUCUACGACACCUUCACCCUGUGGAACCCGCUCGCCCUCGCGGCUCUUCUAAAAGCGCCGCUGGAGGUGGUCACUGCCCAGCUUUUGCUCGCGGUGGAGCGGCAAUGGAUGACGAUCCACUUUGUCGUGAAUUGCCGCUCCUGCGGCUGCGACAUUGCGCACUUUCAGUCCGUCAACGACAUCUCUUUCGUGGGCACCUUCCACUCCACCAACGCCUUUUGCUGCCCCAUGUGCACCGAUCGCACGGAGGUAAACGAGUUGCAGGAUGUUGCGGUGUACUUCCAGCUGCAGCAUCUGCCCACCAUCUUUCUCCGUCAGCACCAUCGCUUGUACUUCUCAGAGGAGGCCGAUCGGCGCCGGCUGGAGUCCUUCUUCUGCCCCGCGCAGGGCGGCUUCGCCUUCACGGCGCGCUUGCCGGAGGGACGCUACCUUCUGUCCGCCCCGUUUUGCGGCGCUUUCGUGGAGUACACCGUCGAACUCUCCGCGGCGGUGAUGGAAGAGAAAGACCCGUACUUGUCCCGCAUCGUUGACCUCAAGGCCUACAUCCGCUCGCAGAACAGCUCCGCCGAACCGUUUGGGCAGCCCAUCCGACGGCGCAGCACCAACGCCACGAGCAUCGUGCGACGUGGGAUGAGCAACGGCGCAGCCGGUGGGCGGCACUCGUUGAUCAACACGUCACAGAACUCGGUGGCGGACACGGACAAGCGCGACGAUGCCGUGCUCGUCACGAACUCCUUCGGCGCGGAGGACGUGGAUGCGAUUCCGCCCAUCACUGUCGUGCCGCUGAAACACGGCAAGGUGCAGUUUCGCAUUUUCAAUGACACGAACUGCAGCGGCUUCAUUGAUCUCUUCAUUGCGCUGGACACGCGAACCGAGUUUUCCGCUAAGCCGUACCCGCACCUGCUUCGUGUGCCGCACUUCCUGCACGUCCUGCCACGCGGCAUGCGCUCCGCGUUUCUCACCCGAUGCAUCCCGCGUCCGCCCUCCACGACGCCUACCACCGGCGUUUACGUGCGGCACCAGUUUCUCUUGAGGGGCGAGGAGGCCGAUGAGCCGAGCGUGAUUUCGGUUCUGCGGGAGGUGCAUCGGUACUCGCUGGAGGAUCACCACGGCCUCCUCAUCGGCGUCUCAAGCGGCGGGACGUCGUUUGAUAGCACAUUUCUCUCAACCACAGCCGCGCUGGCCAGUAGCAUCUGCUUCUUUCAACGUGUGCUAACGCGUCUCGGCGAACCCGUUGCCUUGGCGAUGCGGUGCAGCAUAACGGAAGGUCCUUUGAAGAUCGCAGCCUACCAGGGUCAGUACAACGACGCCGAUAAUGCACGGUCGAGCUACCCCGACGCCCAGUUCGUCGGCUCUGUCGUCUAUGCCAGCAACCACCCGCCCAUCACCGGGCACUACUUCUACUGUACGGAAGAAGAGGCGCCGCGGGUGGUAGUAGCCCGAGACGAGGAGGGACACGAGUUGCCACCGACGCACGUGAGUGCACUUGACAAGUACCGCAGCCCCGCCUGGCUGAACGAGGAAAGCGACGACGCCUACGAUAUAAAAUCCGCCGGCACGACGAACCCGAUGGAGCGCAAACUGCCAGGAGCGGCGAAGCCACGGCAGCACUGCCUCGUGCGCUUCGAGGUGCGUUGUGUGCCACUGUUGGUCAAAAACGGCAAAGCCGGCGGGAUGUCACGGCGGGAUUCGGUAUGUCCGCGCCGCGGUCUGCGGGAGGACGGCAGCGACUCCACCGACGCGAUAUUUCCCUACUUCUUGCAGUUCCUACGCGAGCACUUCAGCGGCACCGACGUGCAUGAGGAGGAGCACGCGUUGAUUGUGCAAAUUCCCCUACCAAUGAUUUACGCUGCGCUGCAGAUGUCCGACAUUUUGAACAAGAAAGCGUACAUGAAGGAUCCACGUGGGCCUUUCUAA